UGUUUAUAGUUUUAAAUUUACAUAAAUCAUACGGGGUGUCUGUGUCUCAGCCGUGUACCAUCGUAGUGAAGUGGAUCGGAGAAUGGAGAGACUGAUCAUGUAACGCUUUGAAAAUCACAAAAGAAAACUCUCAAAAGUUGCUGACUUGAUUGUCUUGGAGGUUAGUUCUUUAUAUGGUGACUUCGCCAUUUUAUUAGUGUACCAUUUUCUUCUUUAUCAGUCGAUUUUAAUCCUGCCAUUACAUGCCUUUCAUUUUCUUUAUUUAUGUUAAUAAGCCCAUAUCAUAUGCAUGCUUCGAUUAUCUAGAACUGGUGGGAUCUAAAUGUUGGGUGUACACUUCACAUCCCAUGUCCUACAUUGGAAAGAUGAGAUCGAGUUACCUAGUAUAUAUGAUUAUGAGUUCACCUCCAACAUAGUACUACUACUACAUUAGUAUGAAGCUAUAAGAAAGAUAUCUUGUAUCUAUUCAGAAAACUCGCAAAAUUGUGAAACGGAUGUAGUAUACGAUGUUUUACUCGCGUUGAAUGUUUGUUUAGCAACUGCAGAAGCAGAAUUAAUCAGGAUUUGCAGUUAAUUUCUUUUGAUAGAGUAACACACUGUCCAAGCUUCUUAUUAAUUAGUAGCAUUUUUUCAAGCAAGCAAAGGAUGUCAACUCUCAACUGGCUUGGGAAAGAAAAUGAGGAGCAUUUUUCACGAGGCAUCUACUUCACUUAGAAACACAUGGAAGACAAGCAGUACUAGGAAACUAAAAGAAGACGGAAUGGGAAGGGGCAAGUACAUGAUUUUCAAAGGCAACAUAAAGAACUUUAUAAAAAAUGGAGCAUUGGCAUUAGAGAAAAGCAUAUCGUUGUUUCAUGGUAGAGCAAACCCUGUCCGCUACUUCUCAGUACAUGAACUCAACACUAUGAAUUUGGAACUACAUUCUAUGUCCUAUCAGGAAUUAGGAGAUAAGUGGUAUAAAGGUUUCUGGGAUGGAAGAUCUGUGUUGGUAAAGUAUAGUUCUUCAACAUCUUCUGAUGUUUGGCAAGAAAUUAUGGUUGCGGCGCAAAUGAGCACCCACAAGAACGUGCACAAGCUUCUUGGAUGUUGUAUGGAGACAAGUCAUCCACUCUGUGUUUUUGAGUGGGUAGAAGAUGUUACUACCGGGGACCUAGUAAUCAGAGAUAAGAAUCAAGAUAAUUCACCACUUGAUUGGAGGGAGAGAGUAAGAAUUGCAUGGGAGAUCUCUCAUGCUAUGGCCUAUCUGCACACUGCUUUUCACCGGCCUAUAAUCCAUAGGGUUUUAACGACAAAUAAUGUGUACUUGGGCAAGGAUAAUACUCCUAAACUGUCGGACUUCAGUUGUGCCAUUUCUGUUCCUGAGGGUGAAGAAUAUGUGGAAGAUACAGUAAUAGGGACUUUCGGUUAUGUGGACCCUGAAUAUUAUAUGAAUAACAGGGUGGCAGAGAGUGUAGUAGUAUAAUUUGGCGUGUUUUUUCUUGUGAUCUUGACAGGAAAAAAAGCUCUGUUACCAGAACGAGAAGACGUCAAUGAGACGAGACUUUUAGUUGAGUGGGUCAAGAAUGGUCUUGGAGACAAGUGUAUCACGGAGAUUAUUGACCCUGCAAUCACUGGAAAUAAACUGACUAUAAAUGAAGAACUCAAAAAGCAACUAAGAGCAUCAACACAGCUUGCACUCCGGUGCACAGCAACAGAAAAAGAUACUAGGCCGGCUAUGGUGGAUGUGGCAACUCAGCUCAAGACCAUACUUAGAUCGUCUGAAUCUAUCCCUGAGAGUAACAGCGGGCGCUAAAAUAUGAGCUAUGUUUCUAUCUUUUACAGGCAGCAUUCUGCAAGCUAAACAGAAAAGACUUUGUAGAAGGACAUGAUAAUUUGUCCAUUAUCGGAAUAUCUUAUUUCUACACUAUCCUUAUAGGGCAUUUAUAAGUAUCUGAUUUGUAUAAUCUCUCACAAUUGAAAAUGCCUGUUGAUAGUUUU